CACACAUUUUCCUAAAGGGGAGUUAGUCAAAUCAUUCCCACGAGGAGCAGCGUCGAAGGCAGACUGACUGUACUUUUAUCCAACAUUGACAAUUACCCAGAGGAACUAAAACCAACAUCAGGAAUGGCCUUUUUAAAUGAAACGAUGAGCAGAAAUAUCUCCAUCUCCAUUCCAAACCCGGAGGAAUUAAUCCUCCCAGAACUGAAAAGAUUAUCACCAGCAGAAUGGACCCUGCUUAUACGGGGUGAGAAAAAUUCACAAAUUACCGUAGUCCUCGCAGAUAUUCUCACCAACAUAUUUCAGAAAUGUGUGGAGCAGACGAUUAAUUUCCUACUUCCAACGAUUGAAGAGAUUAUGGCUGCUAAAACAAAGCCAGAAACCACUGGAAAAAUCAAUGUGAGAUUGAGCAGCCAGAUUUCAACAGAAAUUGCAAAUGUUCUUCAAGCUUCACCAGAUUUCAGUGCUGAGGGAGAAGAAUUAAACGCAUUGAUGGAAGAGGAGGUCUCCGAUAAAGUUACAUUUCUGGUAAACGAGAUCAUAAAGACCCCUGAGUUUUCCGAGGAACCAGCGGUAUACGUGAGCAGAUGCUUCAUGGACCUGAAAAAGUUUAGAAAACUGGUUUUAAACGCAGGUGAAUGUGUCAGAAAAAAUUUGUGCGGAGUCCGUUUUAAUUACCCUGAGAGAUACUGGCAUUCAUUCACAAGAAAGGAGGUUUCAAAUUUGGCUUCAGGCCAAGAAGGGACUACAUUGCUCUCUUCAGAGGAACGUGUAAUGACUCCGUCCUUAGAGGAGUCCGUGACCAAUGGCAUCGCUGAUACAAUUGUUAAUUCCACAGCCAUCUUAGAUGAACACGAAGAACCAGAACAAUUGGUUGAUCAAUUUCAAAUAGAAGAACUGACAGAGGAAAUCAGCAGAACAAUCAUAAAGGAAAUCAGUUCGGGUGGAAAACCACAGAGCCCUGCAGGUGACCCCGCUUUUAACAUUGAAAAAAUAGUUUUCAACCUCAAAAACAUUUUCCGAUCAAGGCUCAGAACUGGCAACUCAGAUGCAAUAACCAAACCUGAAUUCUCCCAGUUUGUCAAACAGCAGUUUAAACACAUGUUGGCUUCUGUGAGGAAAGCUUUACUUACAGGUGACGCAAAGCUGGUAAAGCUGAACUGUUGUGAAUGGAGCCAAAUCAUUUUCCCUGGAUGUACACCGGACUAUUCAUCAUCAGAAGAGGACAUCCCAAAUAAAAUGGACUACAAGGACACAAAAUACAUUCCCAAAACAGAUUAUCAAACCAUCAAAUCUCAAAUUGAUGUCUUGUGUGCAGAACCUUUGGAAAAUCCAUUUCUGAGUGACAUGAUCCAAGAUUUUGCAAAGGAACUGACUGAUCAAUUAUACUCAGACAUCAUGAGGGAGCAUUGUAGUAAAAUUCCGAUUCCUCCAAAAGGAAAGUGGCUGUCAGAUUCUGUCCUCUCUGUAAAGAAAACUAGAGGCACUUCUAGGCAGAUCCAAAUUUGCCCUGAAGUUUUCUAUGCCAGAACUGAAGACGAGGUUAAGCUGUUCCUUGGAAAAAUCUUUCUUUGGAUAAAAACAGAAGAAACGGAGGGGAUAAGUGAAGGAGACAAAGUGUGCAGCUUAGUCUCAAAGAUCGAUGAUCUGGUGGAAACAUUGUCAUGUCGAACGGAAAGCCCAAAAGCCAAUGUUUUUCAAGAACUAGGGCCGAGCACACCCCAACCUCAAAAUGAAGAAGAGAAUUUUCUUUUCCAAGAAUUAGGGUCCAUCUGUACACUGACAGACAGCAACCAAUGCACCCCAUGUACAUCGGAGGGAGAUGCUGACCGGUCUGCAUCUGACACUGGUGAUUCACUCUUUGCUAUUGAUAGGAAACCCUUUGUUCUGCCAAAGAAAACACCAGAAAGAUUUGAUGAGAACAAACAUUUGGCUUUCUUUGUAAUGAACACAAUUUUCAAUUGUUCAAAGAAAAGAGGCGGACCCCUGACGUCAUUAGAGAUAAGACAUAUCUUAUCCAAACUGUCAGGAAAGAAAGUAAAGAAACUUGCAGACCUGACUAAAGAUGAAGAACUAGUAAAAAAGCUCGUUACGGAUAUCUGCAAACAACUAAGGGAGGAGUAUGGCUCGGAUCAAGAACUAUACAGUUCUAUGGCAUCAGACACUGUUUGUCCAGUUCAGACUGUAGUGUUAAAAUAUUUAAGAAGUCAUCUUCCAAAACCCCAACCUAGUACCUUCCAUGUGGGAAUUAGAAAUUUUUUUAAGGGCCUGUUCAGAAAAAAGUGAUCCUCUACGAGCCUGUAGAUGAAAAUACGGGUCAUAAUGGCAUGUGCUGUCCUGCACAACAUCUGCC